AUGUCAAACAUUGCUUCCUCGGGAAAAGCUGCUGGCGGAGAGCUGGAAGAAAAAAUUGACUUGACGCCCGAGACGGACGCCAAGUUGGAGCAAUCGGCAACUCUGGCCAAAUCGGGACAGGUUCGAGAAGCUCUGGCCAUUCUCGCUGCUUUGGAGAAGAGAUGUCGUGUGGGUAAUGACAGUCCAAACUUGGUUCGAGUCUGUGAAGCUUCCUUGCAGUACUGUAAGGACGCUGGGGAUGAAGAGCUUUUGUUUUCGACAAUUCAAACCUUGACAACUCGACGAUCUCAAAAGACAAACGCUAUUCGAGCGAUGGUUCACAAGGCAAUGCCUUGGUGUGUUGUCGAUCAAUACACUCCAAUUGCUGUAACUUCAGAGGGAGAGAAAGCAGCGAGAACUAAGCUUGUGGAAACGCUGAGGGAAAUUACUGAUGGGAAACUUUUCUUGGAAGGAGAACUUGCAAGGUUGACCAGAGCUCUGGCUAUCAUCAAGGAAAAUGAGGGUGAUAUCGCUGGUGCCGCAGAUGUUUUGCAAGAAGUGCAUGUGGAGACAUAUGGAUCCUUGUCAAAGCGGGAGAAAGUGGAAUUCAUUCUCGAACAAAUGCGGUUGACUUUGGGAAAGAAAGAUUUUGUUCGAGCAGCUAUUGUCGCCGGAAAGGUAUCUCGUAAGCAUUUGCAAGAAGAAAACAUGGAAGAGCACAAAGUCAAGUACUACACUCUUUUGGCUGAAAACCACCGACAUGACAAAGAUGCUUUUGCAUUGGCAAAGGAUUAUCAUGCUAUUUACUCGACACCUCAUAUAUUGAGCGAUGAAGCUAAGUGGAAGGAGGCGCUGAAGAGCACUGUUGUUUUUCUUGCUCUAAGCCCAUAUGGUAGCGAACAGCAGGACAUGCUUCACAGAGUAAACAAGGAUGGAAACUUGGAGAGUCUCCCAGCAUACCGCACCACUGUCCAACUUUUGCUGAAAAACGAAAUUAUUGCAUACCCAAUGGCAAACCAACAAGAAUUGGAAUCUUUGCCAUCGUUUUGUGAAGGUGGGGAAGACUUGACACAAUUCUGGCAUGAAUCGUUCCAUCGAAGAAUUAUUCAGCACAACGUCCGGAUUGCUUCCUUCUACUACAAGCGCAUCCAUGGAGCACGAUUGGCACAAUUGUUGGGAUUGGACAAAAAUCGAUUGGAGAAGGAAAUCUCGAUCAUGGUGAGUGAUGGGGUGGUCUAUGCGAAGAUCGAUCGUCCAAAGGACAUCAUUCGUUUUGCCGCACCGAAGAGUGCAGAGGUUGUUCUAUCCGACUGGGCCACAGACAUAGAUAAGCUCCUGCACUUGGUGGAAACCACUACGCAUUUGAUCAACAAGGAGAAAAUGACACAGUAA